AUGGCGCAUGCCAGGGAGGCAAAGGAGGUGGAGAACCCUCAGGUGGGAGUACUGGAGAAAAUGCUCAAAGUAGAGGCCAAAACUCUGGGGGUCACUCAGAUCAUGAUUGGGCUGAUUCACAUCGGCUUUGGGGCUGUCCCAUUAGUUCUUUUUGGAAACUACUUCCCUUUAACUUCUUUCCUAGGAUAUCCAUUCUGGGGUGGAGGCUGUGCCUUGUGGGAAUUCAUCGCUUCUGGAUCCCUUUCGGUGUCAAUUGAGAAUCAUCUGAACAGGUGUUUGGUGCAAAGCAGUGUGGGAAUGAACAUCACAAGUGCUGUAAUGGCAUUAACUGGUGUGAGUCUAUAUAUCUCAGAACUGAUUUUAAAUAGGAGUUUCUUCUUUUUUUUAAAGGUGUCCAAUAGUGUUGGCCCGUCUGUUCUCCUCCUCCUCUUCAGUUUGCUGGAGUUUUGCAUCACCGUUUCAACAGCACAUUUUGGAUGCCAAGCUGUGUGCUGCAACAGUGUCCCGAAUCUUUGCUUCUGGUUGUGUGCGUACGACUUUGAUAUCCUUGUAGAAGGCCACAUCUUCAAGCUCGAGAUCCAUUUCUAUCUUUAG